AUGCGCCGUGAUUGCUGCAACGGGGGGCUUGCCUGCGCCGUUGUGUGGGUGACAUCGAGCUGUCUCCUCCUCCUCUCCUGGACGUCGACGAGCAACGCCGAGCCAUCCUUGACCGCCCUCGGCCGAUGUCCGUCGUACCAGGAGCAAAAUGUCUGCCCCGCCAGAUCGCCGGAUUGUAAAUCGGACUUCGAGUGUCAGACCCCGAACGAGAGGUGCUGCAGAACGGCCUGCGGACUGAGAUGCGUGGUCGGGGAGUUGACGGGAUGCGAGCAGCUCGCCUUGGCGGCCACCAGGAGGUCCCGGGCCCUGGGCCCGAAGGGGCCCCCGCAGUUCGUCCCGACGUGCAACAACGAGACCGGGGAGUUCGAAAGGAUCCAGUGCGACGUCUGGGGCAAGUCCUGCUGGUGCGUGGAUUCCUUUGGAGGAGAGCUUCCCGGCACCAGGGCGAUGGCUAAGGAGCUGGUGGACUGCGACAACCCGAGACCUUGCCCGGCCCAUAGCUGCAGGAUGCUGUGUCCUCUGGGAUUCGAGAUCGAUCCCGACUCCGGGUGUCUUCGCUGCGAGUGCAAGGAUCCUUGUCGAGGAAUAACCUGCCCCGGGACGACACAGUCCUGCGAACUGGCCGACGUCCCCUGCGCUCGUCCACCCUGUCCGCCGAUCCCGAGCUGUCGAAAGGCGAAGUCCCUGGCCACGAUCUGUCCAGCAGGGGAGCCCCUGCAGAUCACGGACUCGCCCAGGCCCUUCCUCUGCGGCAACACCCCCGGGAAACCGACGUGCCCACCCUUGUACAGGUGCCUCGUUGAGCCGGGUCAAGAGUACGGGGUCUGUUGUCCAUCCAGCGUGGCCCUGAAGAGGCCGGGAACUUGUCCGGCCGAGGAACCUCUCCUAUGCGGCUCGUCCUGCAGACACGACUUGGAGUGCCCGGCUCCGCAAAAGUGCUGCCACAGUGAGAGAUGCGGAGGUGGAGUCUGUGCAAUUCCUCAGGGCUUGAGCGCCUGCAACAGGAACAGGAUGAUGGCGGAGCUGCUGAGCAUCUCGGAGAGGCAAGGUCGCGGCUACGUUCCCCAGUGCGGAGAAGAUGGGUCCUACGAUCCGAGGCAAUGCUCGAGGAACGGUCUGGUCUGCUGGUGCGUGGACCCGGAAGGGCGGAAAAUCUCCGGAUCGAUGGGGCCGUCCAAAGACGUGGAGUGCGGACCUGUGGUAAAGGCCCGGUCUCUUCCCGCCUCCUGUACUCCGCAACAGUGCGCGCAGGUUUGCCAGUACGGUUUCAAGACGGAUCCUUCGGGCUGCCCCACCUGCGAGUGCGACAGCCCGUGCGAUGGGUACCCCUGUUCCAUCGGGGAGGAGUGCGUUUUGGUACGCGAAGAGGGCUGCCCGGACUUCCUGUGUCCGACGAGGCCAGAUUGCAGGCCGAAGAGGACCUACGAGAGCCCUUGCGUAACCGGAGCGCCUUUGAGCGACGAGGACGGAAGUGCCGUCACCUGUUCAGCGAACAAAACCUGUCCCCAAGGCCACAGGUGCACGGCGGUGCCCGAGGCCAACCAGUCGGUCUGUUGCGCGAUCACAGUCUACCCUGUAAAACCACCCACCAUGUGCCAGUAUCUCAGAGACUUCAACGAGCGGAUGGAAGGUACCCGAGAAGGGAUGGCAUUGGCGAUUCCAGCCCCCGAGUGCGAGGAAGACGGCUCGUACAAGCCUCUCCAGUGUGACAGAGGUAACUGCACCUGCGUGAACACCCAAGGAGUCCCCCUGAAGUCCAAGGUGUCUCGGGGGGGCAGCGACUGCAAGCGAAUAGCCGAGCUCCUGAACGCCUGCGAGCCGUUCAGAUGCGACCUGCCCUGUCCGUACGGUUACGAGCUGAACGCAGCGGGUUGCCCGCGGUGCAAGUGCAGGGACCCCUGCAAGGAAGUGACCUGCAAGGUGCACGAGGCCUGCACCAUGGUGGACGUCAACUGUGGACCCGGACAGUACUGUCCUCCCGUGCCGGCGUGUUUGAUCUCGAAGCCGGGACAGUGUCCCUACUUGGUGCCCAGUUCGUCCAGCUGCGAGUUGCAGUGCGGCAGCGACCAGGAGUGUCCCUCCAAGGAGAAGUGCUGCUCAACAGGGUGCGGCACGCAGUGCGUGUCCCCCGUGGUGGCGACCGCGUGUCAGCACGCAAGAGCCCUGGCCGAGCACGUAGCUAGGGAGUCCGGGGAACCAGCAAGGCGUCUUUACAUCCCACGCUGUGACUCCAGCGGAGCCUUCGAGUCCGUCCAGUGCCACGCAGGGAUGUGCUGGUGCGUCGACCGGGAGGGCCGCGAGCUGGCCGGCACCAGGGUGGUCGAAGGCAUCGUCCCCAAGUGCAGCACCCCCUUACACUGCCCCGAGAUCGCGUGCGACCUCAACUGCCCUGAGGGGUACGAGCCGAACCCGGCGACGGGGUGUCCAACCUGCUCCUGCAGGGACCCCUGUAAGACCGUCACCUGCAGGGGCGAGAACGAGGCUUGCAGGAUGGUGGAGGUCGCGUGCAGCGUCCCUCCUUGUCCUCCCGUGCCCGUCUGCUUGCCCAAGAAGGACAACCCUUGCCCCAACGGAUCUCCCCUGCUGGGUCAGGAUGGGUCGCCGGCCACGUGCGGACCCCACGGUACCCAGUGUCCCUCCACCCACAAGUGCGAGCUCUCGCCGUUGGACGAAUACGCCGUGUGUUGUCCGAAACCCCGGGAUGUUUGCUUCGAGGUACCCCGGAGGACGUCCUGUGGAUUCGGCCAGAAUUUCAACCAGACGGAGAGGUGGUUCUUCGACCCCGAGCGCAACGAGUGCAGGAGGAAAAAGGAGUGCACCCUGGGGCACAAUGACUUCUCCAGCAGGCUCGUCUGCGACACGAUUUGCCCGGUUCUGUCGCAGUGCGAGAGAUUAAGGGAGAGGAACCUGAAGACCUCGCAGAGGUUGAAGCAGCCCACUUUCCUACCCAGGUGUAACCCCGAGACGGGCACCUGGGAGCCUGUACAGUGCCUGGAACACGUCGGGGUGUGCUGGUGCGUCGACAGGAAAGGGGAACCCGUCAAGGGAUCUCUAACCCGUGGUCCUGAGCCCAAGUGUAACUUCAGACAAGCGAGGCGAGGCAGGGGACCCGUCGACGUUGAUCCGCAGAUCAAGGCUUAUAUGGAGUCUGCUUUCUUGGGCAUGGAUUCACAGGAGGCGGAUGUUACCAAGGUUCUGGCCACCAGGUGCCAAGCCAUGAAGGAACGAGGACACGGUCCCGCUAUUUGCGAUGCUCAGGGCAGAUUUGAGCCCACCCAGUGUGCCGGGGAUGCUUGCUGGUGCGUCGACGAGGCUGGGAACCAGCUGCUAGGAUCGGAACUCUUCUUCAAGGGCUCCAGGACGUGUCCCGUGACACCGAUAGAGGCGGUCGAGGUUACUCUUCGUCUUCCUGGUCACUUUUUGGCCAGGGACGAGAAGCGUUUCUCCGAGCAAAUGAAGGGUCUGCUGAAAAAUAUCGGUGCUAGCAUCAGGGGUGACAUCUCCGUGGACAUCGUCCAAGAUUCCGCAACUCUUAGCUUCGACGUUGUUGGCCCCAACAAAGUCGACGUGGCUUUCCAUCUAGAGGAACUAACGAUGUUACAGAAGCUGACUCUUCUUGGCUCCGUGGCAGAUGCCACCACUUCUACGUUCAGACAUGCCUCUUCGGGUCCUACGCAAAGUAGAAUGGUGGCUCUCGAGCAUAGGGAGAUCCUGACGGAAUUGGAAUCCCCUCUCUAUCAAACCACGACAAUGGUCCUCGCCUCGGCCAGUGCGUUUCUCAUCUGCAGUCUUAUGAUUCUGCUGCUGAUUUAUCGGAAGAAAAUCAAAACGAAGGACUCGGACAAGACGUUGCCGAUGGACCAGCGGUUUCUGGCAUUUAAUCAACAGCCCGUCUAUGUGAUAUCCGGCCUGGAAAAGGACGACAAGGAGAAGGACAUCAUUGUGAAAGGACGGGAAGACACCUUUGACGCACCAAUUAAAACAUAAUUUCAUCGACUAUCCCUACACCCGACACGUUAAUGUCGUCGAU